CUGUAUGUUGUUCACGGACAACUUGGCCCAUUCUAGUCAAGUUUAGUCGUCACAUUGGUGCUACGAUGACCGAACAGCCAGCCACUGUGAUAAAGAAAGUUGGACAAUGUAUGUUGCACAACUGGGCAGAAGAGAGGGCUGUUGCAGCUCUUGACACUGAGGAGACAAGGACACAAAUCCAGAGACAUGGACACAGAGGGAUUCUCACGAUGGACCAGGAGUCUAAAAUGGAGACUGUCACCACACUUAAAGCCGCUUACAUCCCUCCGAGGAGUCAAGGGGUGAGGCUGCGGGGCAUCAGAGGCGAGCUUUUGGAAAAACAUAUCGCUCAAAUGAUAAGUGAGAAGGUUCACGCUGAAAGGAACCCGCCGACUCCAAAAACUGACUUUUGCUCCACGACCCAGAGGGAUUUCUGUGUCGAGGGAUUUGUGCCUCUUACCCCUGAUAAAACACAAGUUCAUGAUUAUAAAACUGACCAGGCCGUCACAUUUUGGAGUGAAAAUUGCCAGCUGAUACAGGGUGUGACCGCUAUACAGACCCUGAAAGCACCUUUUAGGAAAUCAGCCCUAUUCAGCACACCCAUCAGUGAGCGGCUGGAUGAACUUGAGCUCCCGUCUGAUAACUGAGACAGCAUGAUGGUACCAAACCUGGCAACCUCGCUGUGACUACAAGACUUGAGGAAGCUGCACACUCACUCACUGCACCCGGCUGUUGUUCAUCAAGAACAGCACAGAACUUCCUCUAAAACAACAAAGGGAUGUUUUAACUUUUCUGUUCUUUUACAGCUUUUACAGGCUUUUAUUUUACUUUGAACUUUGAACAGAUCUGUUUUCCCCUGCCUCCAGUAUUUAUGCUAAGCUAAGCUAAUCGCAUCCUGACUCCAGCAUAUUUAACGCACAUGCAUGAGACUUAUAUCAAUCUUCUCAUCUAACUCUAGGAAAGAAAACAAAUAAAUGUAUUUUAUAAAAUGUUGAACUAUUACUUUAAUGAAUUAUUAACAUUUAUAACUGCAAUGUUAUCAAAUAAAAAGUACAAGUCAAUGUAUUUUUUUUUUCACAACCUGGAAACCCAAAAGUUGUUCCUGCUAAGGGAUUAUGACUGAUCUAGUUUCCCUCCUCUUAAGAAGCUUUAAGGGUGGAAAAUCCUCUUAUUAACACUACUGACAGCAUCACAUUCUGUAUCAUCUUGUUCCAGCUCUUCAUCGAAGCUAUAUGAUGUUUCCACUGAGUGAAACAUUCAAACCCAAGUCUCCAUGGUUUUUUUUUUUUUUUUUGGUUUUUUUUAUGGCUGCAUCAUUCCAUCAAAUAGAAAUAUUCUAGCUGUCUUGUACAUAUUUUGACGUAUUUUUCUUUGGAGACGUUGGCAUCUCCACGAAAUUCAAAAAGUAAACUUGUGUGGAUUUUAAUAAAGUUUGGCUUCACAGCAUGAGUUUGUACUGACUGCCCAGACUGACGGAUGGUACAUGAACUCCUUUUGGAUUUUCAUUACAAGUGAAUGAACAGCAGCAGCAAGAAUGCAUAAAGCGAACCAGACACAGGCUCCAAGGCAUGAUUUGGCUGAGAGGGCACCCAUUUGAUCUCAACCUCUGUCUCCCUCCCUCUCUCUUUAAAAAACGCAGGUGGUGGUCCUCCGCAAGCAAUAAACCAGCAGCAGCAGACUGCCCACAGCCUAAACAUUCCUCUGUAGUAACUCCGGAAUAAACGGGCUUUUCCCUGCACCUAUUCCAGCCCACCUCUGUUUAUAUCUGCUGGGGGGGGAACCUUCCCUGUGACCUCAGUGUAUAAAAGUGGAAUCUCCCAUUGCAGAAUUUUGUAAAACACCUCAAAUUAAUGCUCCAAAUUAAGCAGAUCGACCAAUGCACUCCGGUCAUUUAAAAUCUUUUUCCUCAAAGAAAGAGACAUAAAUCUGCCUGCAGGCGACUGGCGUGAGACAGUUUUACUAAAUUGCUUUCCAUGCAGAUCAUCCACUUAGUGGGAAUUUCCUUCUCCGUCCACUGACAUUAUCUUUAUAGUAGCCAGCUGGUCAUCUGCAUUAUUUCGAGAUAAUGUCGCAUACUUCAAAGACAAGUUGUAAAAACAGCUCAUGCAGGAAACUAAAAGAUUAGUUAGUUGUUGUUGGGGUUUUUUAUUAUCUUGAUCAGAAACACUAAAAGUUUUUGGAGGUGAUAUCUAGGCUGCUUCUGCUUUUGUUUGAGCACCACGCGCCUGAAUAUGCGCGUCUGUAGAGCUGCCAGUGUUUCAUGUGUUAAUUCCCAGGAUUUAAAACUUUAAAUCACACUUUUUUUUCCUU